ACGCGUGUCUGCGCAGAGGAACCUUCUCACACUCCACACGAGUUUUCGGUGCGUUUUCGGCGAGCUUUCCACGGCGGUGCGUGAAUGUGCGUCGUGUAUGUGCGUAACGACGGGUUGAGACGGGUUGUUGGGUGACACGAGCGGUGACAAGCACCGGGGAAGUUCGAAGGUUUCGUGAGUUGCUAAGAAAACGGAAGAAAAAAACAAAAGGACCUCUUUGGUGUCUAUUCGGUUUACGAAGCGCGUGCGAUCGAUCAGUGAAGCCACUCUUCGGCGGCUGUGAACGUGCGUGAAUUGUAGCGGAAACAGAAGGAAAACCCGGAGAAAGAAUCCACUCAGCAUGGCCAUGAACUGGCGAAAUCGUGUGAACAUGUUAUCCCUCGGGAUCGUGCUGCUUGCCGUUACGACAAACGGAGUCCGCGUUCAGCAACACACAUCGAGAAGAUUCAAAGAUGAAGGCUUCACUCGAGAUCAGACGCCGGCCUCUUCCUGGUGGAACUCACACCUGUCCGAGCCGCCAAGCAAGAACUUCUUCCAGGCGACUCACGGUCUGCUUCAGACGCACCCGUCGGUGUCGCUGAAACCGUCGGCCCAGCCGUUAACGUCGGGAUCUCGGUCCCCGGUUGUCGCCUCGGCCGGACCCGGAGCCCUCAACAGUGGGUUUCCGUCCAUUGCCAAUCCCAACCCGCGGUCACCGUUUCGCCAUCUUGACUUCAGCACCAGCGCAACGGCGGAACUCCGUCGGAAUCCCAGCCUUUCGGCACCGGACGAGUGUGCGCGGGCGUGCCGCGAGGGCGAACCGCCAAGGAUUUGCUACUACCACUUCACCGUGGAGUACUACACCGUACUUGGAGCGGCCUGCCAGGUGUGCACACCGAACGCUACCAACACCGUCUGGAGCCACUGUCAGUGCGUUCUGGCCGAUGGUGUCGAGAGGGGCAUCCUCACCGUGAACCGCAUGAUCCCCGGGCCGAGCAUACAGGUGUGCGAGAACGAUCGCGUCGUAAUCGACGUCGAAAACCACAUGGAGGGUAUGGAGCUGACGAUCCACUGGCACGGUAUCUGGCAGCGGGGCACGCAGUACUACGACGGCGUACCGUUCGUCACCCAGUGCCCUAUUCAGCAGGGCAACACCUUCCGUUAUCAAUGGACCGGAAAUGCAGGAACACACUUCUGGCACGCACACACCGGGUUGCAGAAGCUGGACGGUCUGUACGGUAGCAUUGUGGUCCGACAGCCACCGUCGCGCGAUCCCAACUCGCACCUCUACGACUUUGAUCUGACCACGCACAUCAUGCUGGUGAGCGACUGGCUGCACGAGGACGCUGCCGAGCGUUACCCAGGGCGGCUGGCCGUCAACACCGGCCAGGAUCCUGAAUCGCUGCUCAUCAACGGUAAAGGACAGUUCCGUGAUCCAAAUACGGGCUUCAUGACCAACACGCCGCUCGAGAUCUUCACCAUCACCCCCGGCCGCCGGUAUCGGUUCCGCAUGAUCAACGCGUUCGCGUCCGUCUGUCCGGCGCAGGUUACCAUCGAGGGGCACGCCUUGACCGUCAUCGCCACAGACGGUGAACCCGUGCAUCCGGUGCAAGUCAACACCAUCAUCUCGUUCUCAGGAGAACGUUACGAUUUCGUCAUCACUGCCGACCAGCCGGUCGGUGCGUACUGGAUUCAGCUUCGUGGUCUCGGAGAGUGCGGAAUCAAGCGCGCCCAGCAGCUGGCUAUCCUUCGGUACGCGCGUGGCCCCUAUCAGCCUGUCUCGCCCCCUCCCACGUACGAUGUCGGUCUGCCACAGGGCGUUGUCAUGAAUCCGCUCGAUGCUCAGUGCAACGUCCAGCGCGACGAUGCCAUCUGUGUGAGUCAGCUGAAAAACGCCAAGGAGAUCGACCGGGCGCUACUGCAGGAGAAACCAGACGUUAAGAUUUUUCUGCCGUUCCGCUUCUAUCUCUACCGCCCGGAGGAACUGUUCCAGCCGAACACCUACAACCGUUUCCUGGUUGCCCCAACCGGAGACCAUGUGAUUUCACUGAUCGACGAAAUCUCCUACCUGUCCGCACCGGCCCCACUUCUGUCGCAGUUCGACGAUAUCAACCCGGAGCAAUUCUGUAACGGUGACAAUCGGCCAGCCGACUGUGGAGCAAACUGCAUGUGCACGCACAAGGUCGACAUCCCGCUGAACGCCAUCGUGGAGGUUGUGCUGGUCGAUGAAGUCCAACAACCGAACCUUAGUCAUCCGUUCCAUUUGCACGGUUACGCGUACAACGUGAUCGGUAUUGGGCGCUCGCCGGACUCCAACGUCAAGAAGAUCAACCUCAAGCACGCGCUCGACCUCGAUCGGCGUGGUCUGCUGCACCGACAGUAUAAUCUGCCACCUUUGAAGGAUACGAUCGCGGUCCCCAACAACGGCUACGUCGUACUGCGAUUCCGUGCCGACAAUCCAGGAUUCUGGCUGUUCCACUGUCACUUCCUGUUCCACAUCGUAAUAGGAAUGAAUCUAAUCCUGCAGGUCGGCACCCUGGCCGAUCUGCCGCCUGUGCCACCAAACUUCCCAACCUGCGGUGAUCACUUGCCGCCCGUCAACUGAGCGCUCGCUUCCCGAUACCCCUAGAAGUAACCUCACUUUCCCAGCAUCUUUCCGCGUCCCCCUGCUCGAAAGGAAGGCACAAGUCAAGCCAUCUAACCCGAGCCGCAGAAGAAUGUUGGCGAAAGAUUUGCAACAGGAAAAAAGCUCAAUUGUUUCUCGAUUCAUUCGCGACCCUUAACACGCUAAACGUUUUAAACAUUUACUCUAAAGGCAACAGCUAGGUAGCGCCCAGCCUCAGCGAUAUUCGGGACCGUUACCCAGAGAGAAAGAGAGGGAGAGGGAGAGAGAUUUGAACUUUGAUCGAAAUAUUGGUUUUAUGUGUCCAGUCACUCACAUGUAGUUUUCGGAUUCUAUGUGCCAGAUUCGAAUCCGAGCACUGUAAGCACGGGAACGCGCUUUCAAUCGCCACUUAAAUACUCUUGCUAAGCUGCAGCAGACUCCAGGUCAAGGCCUGCGGUGUACGGGGCAGUUUUAUUGGAAAGGCGUUUAAACUUUUAAUUUUAUUACGUUUUUUUUUUGUUCAUUAGUGUGGCAUCAUGACUUUACAUACGAGUUUUUUUAUUUUGUAAUUUAUAGCGCAAAGCUUACCGUAUUUAAGUAAAUUAAUUUGUAGGCUAGAGUAGAGCACCAGAUUGGCGAUCGGCAAUUCGCUUAUCUGUUAACCGACGGUUAUGGAGAACAACGAAGCCAACAAGCCACCAGGCACGAUUGAUACGAUUGCUACAUUCCGCGGUGGGCCGGGAAAGUUGACAAGCCACCCCAACUUUCCAUUCAAAUCAAACUUAUUCCCAGUCUUUUACGGAUGCGAUAUGAUCCUGGCAGCGGCAAGCCCUGAACUGGAUAACAUACAUGAACACACACACUCACCAGCGUGCAUACUGAUUAAAUAUUGACCCCAUUUUCACAACACAGAGCACUAUGACGACGUAGCUCCGAAAAGAGCUAGUGCCGUUUGUGGCUUUCGUUGGACGCCAUAUUUAAAGGAUAACAUCCGUUUCGAGUUUUGUUGCGUGAGCUUCACGUAGCUGCUACAUCAUUCGUUCUUUUCUGAUACUGAUUUAAAUUUUGUUUUUAUAGUAGUGAAUGUAGUUUUUCUCUAUUCUUACAUUCUUCGCUUCACAGAUUUUCGUUUUUUCUCGUUGUUUGCUCAUUUUUUGUUUGUUUUUUAUUCUUUUUCAGCAGAACUGAGCUUAUCGAGCAAGAAGCGAAAACAUACAAUUGAAAGCAUAAAGUUAUUUUACUCCAACACUCACCUCAUUCACAGACACUGUAACGCCCCUCAAAUACCGAUAAGCCUUGCCUCAAAACGCUCCUGGCCUAUGGAUAGUUUGUAAAUAUUUGAUAAUACUCAGCGGUUCUGAUCUAUAGAAAAAUACGGUAGCAGAUCCUGCCUUACUGCCUAACAUCAUCAUACACUGUUGUCUUACCUUCUACGCCUGUUUCGGAUUUCCUCAUCCUGUUUAGAAUGGACAGCAUUCAUUGUAAAUACUCAAAGCAUCACGAUCCUCACUUUCCCUCGGGGACAGAGCGUAAUGCGCCAUCGACACACACAUUUUGCCCCUCUGUCAACCUCUAUCACUUCGCUGUGUAAUAUAAAUGGCUCACAUUGUGUGUACCUUACUUUUUCGCUUCAAACUCUAUAAUCAUUGUGUAAAAUCGGCAGCACGCAUAAAAUACGUACGAAUAGUCGCGCGCAAGUCAAAACUCAGAAUGAGAUUUACAAAUCAGCCCCGGAUUAGCAGCUCUUCUACAAUCCUCAACCCGCUUGCGGCGUUACCAUGUAUGAAACAUAUAAAUAAAUCUACGGUAAAUCGAAAGUUCAAACACAAUUCAAGCUAUUGUGCCUAAAGUACGUUGUGUGAACCAGCUACGUAUAAA